CACGAUAAUAUGAGUCUUAAAAUAAGAAAAGAAAACAUAUCAACAAUCCUAAUUCGAGAAACAUUAAUCACUGAAAAUAAAAAUUGAUACAUCUAUAAAAUUGGUCUAUCAUGGGUGACCGCCCGAUCUUAAACAUGGUACAUACAUCAUUCUUCUUUGAUGAAGAAAUGAAUGAGAAUCGAUUUCAUGUUUGUUUUCUAGAAUAGCACAAUGAAAUUAUGAAAAAAACACAACAAAAGAAUAUUCAUACGAAAAAACUAUCCAGAGCGUAGGAGUAAUCUCCGUUGGAGGAGGUCGCAUCCUUGGACUGCCAACAACAGACAGGAAUUAUUUUCUAUGAAGGAGAUAAGAAUAUGAGACAGAUGAUACGAAAGAUAUGUUCGAGAAAGGUGCGGCGGAAAGAAUGGUUAACUCCCGGAAGCGAGAAUGGUGCAACAAAGGAGCAACGUCCCCACCACCAGCCACACAGUUGGCGAGGAGAAUGCACCGGGCAGCGGCAACGGUACGGGAGGUAUCGGCUCGACUCCGGACGCGCUCCAGGUGAUGUUCGGCUUGGGGGUGACCAUGGAGCAGCUCCAAGCAGCCAUUGCGGCACUUUUCGCCUUGGGUGGGAACGUGCCCGGCACCGGAGCUGGAAGAGGCAUGCUGAGGAGUCCGCAACAUCGGAUGCUCGCUCGGCGAUGCCCGAGCGGAGUGGGGAGAGGCAGGACGAGCGCAACCAACGUCGCCACAGUCCGACCAGAACUGAGAAGACAAAGGUCUCUGACCAAGGGGUAUCUCGACUCGCUCGUGAGAUUGCCGAGUCAAACGCCGGGUAGAGACCAGGGCCCCGUAUUGCCAGCCCAAUUUGCAGACGGUGACCCCGUUCACUCUGAGGGUUAUGUCGAUUCCGCAACCGGCGAAGUUUCAGCCGUGGUAGAUCAAGGCCUACAACGGAACGACGGACCCCAAGACCAUUUGUCUAAGUUCUACGCUUCCAUGGAAGCGGCGGCAGCCCCGAACGAGGUCAAGUGCAAGUGUUUUCUCGCCACGCUGGAGGGUUCCCCAUGUGAUUGGUUCAACUGGCUCCCAAAGGGAACCAUUGACGAUUGGGAUACGCUAGCGGAGAAGUUCCUGACACACUUUGCGGCCAAUCGAAGGCAGAGGCUACCUUACUCCCACCUGCUCAGCAUAUGCAUUCGUAAGGGAGAGAAGAUCCGCGACUCCAUAGUCCAGUGGGAGAAGGAGGCCAGAGACGUGCACGGGGUGGAUGACCAAGCUUUGGUGGUCAUGUUCCAAGCAGCCCUCCCCCGCGGAGAGACGAGGAUGAAGCCAGAGGAUAUCCAGUGGGAUUUAUCCAUGGAGGAAACAUUGGCUCAGAGGAAGAAGUGGAAGCACAUGGCCUUCGUCGCCAAGGUCAAACAGGCGCCGGCGCCCAAGCUCGGCAGACGAGAGCAAAUCCAAUUCACGGAGAAGGAUCUUCCGAUUGAGCCGAGCCCCCAUCGAAAUGCCUUGGUCGUAAAAAUAGAGAUUAACAAUGCCAUAGUGCACCGCACCUUGGUGGACACGGGAAGCUCGGUUAACAUAAUGUAUGAGAAGACAUUCCAAGACCUCGGCCUGGACCGCAAAGACUUGAGGCCGGUGUGCACUCCUCUCUCCGGGUUCACGGGGGACUCCAUCGAGGCUGAGGGAGUCAUCACGGUGCCCGUGAUAGUAGGGGAUGGUGCGCACAAGGCCAAGCUAAAGAUGGAAUUCAUGGUUCAGCCUAUAGGCGCGCUGCUCCGGAGUGCGAACGCGCCCUCUCGCAUGUCCAAAUGGGCGGUGUUCCUUGGAGCCUUCCAGAUCAAGUUCAAGCCAAGACCGGCGAUCAAGGGACAAACGCUAGCCGACUUCGUGGUAGAGUGCACCGCUCGAGAAGAGUCGAGCCCGGAACCUGAAACCGAUGAUUGGUGGACAGUUUUUACCGAUGGCUCCUCCGCUGCCAAAAACAAGGGUGGUGGAGUGGUAGUCAUCGCUCCCGAAGGCUUCAGAGCAUAUUGCUUAGUUCGAUUCGGCUUCAAGGCAUCAAAUAAUGAGACGGAGUAUGAAGCGCUCUUGUGCAGGCUACGCCUAGCAGCCGGGAUGAACGCGACAAAGCUAAGGAUAAAGUGUGAUUCAAAGCUCGUGAUCCCCCGGGCAGAGAAUGCCGAGGCGGAUAUCUUAUCGAAGCUGAGCUCAGAUACGCCCGAGCACAUCAGGCGGAUGGCAAGCGUGGAAGAGCUGUCCGAGCCGAGCAUCCAUGCCUUCCUGGUGGCGAUGAUCUGUGCUCGGCCUAGAGAUUGGACGGACGACAUAGUUGCCUUCUUGAAGGAUGGCGCCCUCCCGGAUGAUGCAAUAAAGGCCAAGCUAAUCCGGACUAGGGCACCCGGGUACACUUUAGAGGGCGAAAAGCUAUAGAAGCGAGCGUACAACGGUACGCUACUCAAGUGCCCCCGACCAGCUGAAGUGGAACAAGUCAUAGAGGAGGUGCAUGCAGGGAUCUGCUCCGCCCACCAAGGAGCAUACGCGGUGUCAAGGAAGAUAACCCUCCAAUGAUAUUUUUGAUUAACAAUUGUUAAAGAUUGCGCGGAGUUUGUGAGGAAGUGCAAGAUUUGCCAAGAGUUCUAGAAGGUACCGGG